CUACAAAAAUACGUCUAGGGACUUAGGAGUAUUCCUGAACUUUGCAAAUAGGACUAUAGGAGUACUUGUGUCUAAUAUUGCAGCAUAAAUUAAAUUAUAUUCUCAGCACAAUACUUAAUGGCUUUCUCUUCGAUUUUCAGCUCUCCUUUACCAUCAUUUACCAUUUUCAGUGCAAAAACUCGCCCUAAUUAUGCCCCUUCUAUGGCUGCACACUCAAUUUCCAGAAGACUUGCACUCGGGUCUUUAUCCUCAGCAUUUAUCCUUGAUGGGUUUUCUCUAACUUCAUCAAAUAAUAAUGGGAUCUUUGUAAAACCCCAGAAUUUUUCUGCUAGAAUUUAUGCAAGAGCUGCUACAGAAAAGACCAUUCAUGAUUUCACAGUCAAGGAUAUUGAUGGAAAAGAAGUCCCCCUCAGCAAAUUCAAGGGGAAAGUUCUUUUAAUUGUCAAUGUAGCUUCUAAGUGUGGAUUGACAUCAUCAAAUUAUACGGAACUUUCUCACCUCUACGAGAAGUACAAAACUCAGGGCUUCGAGAUUCUAGCAUUCCCAUGCAACCAAUUUGGAGGUCAAGAACCAGGAUCAAAUCCCGAGAUUAAAAAAUUUGCUUGUACAAGGUUCAAAGCUGAAUUCCCCAUUUUUGACAAGGUGGAUGUGAAUGGUCCAAAUACAGCUCCUGUAUACCAGUUUCUCAAAGCUAGUGCUGGUGGGCUUCUGGGUGACUUGAUCAAGUGGAACUUUGAGAAGUUUUUAGUGGACAAAAAUGGCAAGGUUGUACAGAGAUAUGCGCCUACAACGUCCCCUUUUCAAAUAGAGAAAGACAUACAGAAGCUACUAGCAGCAUAAAACUUAAUGGUAUGCACCAGGAAUAGAUACGUGCGGAGUAGCUUGAUGAGUGCAGAGUAAUUUUCUGUUUAUGUUUAUUGUCUUCUGAUUGUUUACCUUGUAAUUUAAUUAACAAUAUUCAGCAAAGAUUGAUUAGAGAAUGGGUUUCUUAUGAUA